AUAACAAACAGUACUCUUCCAGAGGUUGUUUGUCUGCCCAGACAUUCCUGGCAGUGAGAGAUGAUGAGAGUUGAAGGCACCAAAUAAAGAGGAACUACAGGGACACAAAAUAUCAAGCUGUUCAUUCUUCUUCAGGACUAGCUGUGAGGAUGGAGAAAGCUGCACUGCUGCUGUUUUGUUGCCUGGUCAUGUCUUUAUCAGGCUCCCCGCUCUACCCAUCCAUUAGGUUCGGCCAGAGGGAUACAUCCAUCCUGAUGACAUCUUCUAUAAAGAAUCCAUCAGAGCAGCUGGAGGAAGAAACAAGUCCCCCCAGGGAGCGAGCAGAGUUACGCUCAGGACGCCAUGCUGAUGCCAUCUUUACAAACAGUUACAGGAAAGUCCUGGGUCAAAUCUCUGCCAGGAAGUUCCUUCAGACAAUCAUGGGCAAACGGCUGGGACAUGAAAGUGAGACCUACAUGAAGCGUCAGUCAGAUAUCUAUGAAGGGACGUAUAAAGAAGAUCUAACAUCCAUCCAAAGCAAUCAGAGAUACACAGGAGUGCAUGGGAAUGUCAUGAGGCCCAGACUGCUGAGUUGAGAUUGGAGGAUCAGAAGGAUGCCAGUGCUCCUCGCUGACGGCACUUUUCAUUACAAUCACUGCAACAUGUUCCCUGCAGAUGAAAAUGAUU